CCUUAAGGUUAUAAAUACUGAACCUCCUGUAAUACCUGUGCAUUAAGAACCUAGAAAUAUUAUUAAAAGGGUUCCGGAAUUCUUUGACAAACGGAAAGCUGCCAGCUGCCAGUAUGUGGACAUUUCCUUUGGAAAAGGCUACAGAGCUUAAAAAUGAAAAUGAUGUUUUAGGGAAAAAUAAGACACCGGUCAAAUUUUUUGACGGAACUCACAUCUUAUUUAGUGCUUGACGGCCGGCAGAAGAUGAACGUGUUUAAAACUGACCGAAGCAGGAGAAUCAUAUGGUCUCGUUGAUAUCGCCUAUCUCAUCUACAAAUCCAAAAGUAAGUGUAGAAACGAUAUAAACUACGUUAAGAGAAUUGGAAGAAAAAUGUGACCACGCGAUGGAUUGUUAGAUGAAGCUGUUUCACUCAACGCUGGUACAUCAGACGAAGGCUGUAUUAUAUAACGAUUUAUAUUUACUAAAUUUUAAAAUAUAAAACUGAAUAUUUGUAUUUCGCUAGUUAAAAGAUUGAAACAUCAUGAAAGAACUGUAAACAAUAGCAUUGCUGCAUGAUCGUUUAAAUCGUGGGAUACCAGUGACGUAUUCGCGCCUCGAUUGCUAUUGGUCGACAGUUACGAGGCAACCUGUAAUAUACCAACCUUGUGAACGGAGAGCUAAUGAACUUACCUUAAUACAGUAGCAAGUGAAUUGCCAAAAUGCUUGCCUGGAACCACCUAUGAUCAAAGGGAACCACAGCCGUCUAUUGUCGAAGGAUGCUGAUUUGAUUUGCAGUCUACGUGUCUUGCUGCGUGAUAUGAUUUUGCUUUUUUCGGGUCUCGGGUAUUCCUGCUUACUGCUAUCAGAACACAUUCAUAUAUGUAUGAGGAUGCUUAUGGUUCGAUUUUAGGUUAAGUUGUAUGGGAUCAUGUUCAAUAUCGCUCACAUCAUCAACAAAAUUGGCUGAAGUUGUAUUCUUUCAAAAUCUUGAGUUACCCACAAUCCAGAGACAACUCAGAAGAGGUUGUGAUAACUUUCUAUGAUGUCUGCAAUUCUUAAAAUUGAACCUAAUCAAGAAGAAGAAAUAAGUGUGGUCAUUGACGAAAAUGUUUUUCUUCCCAACGAUGUCUCCGCCAUUAUAAAGCAGGAUGCUGACGGGCUGACCUUCAGUAUGAAUUAUUUUAAUGACUCUCAUAGUUGGGAAGAUGAUCAAUUGGUGCCCGAAGUUGAGUGUGUUGAACAUAGAAUUGACAAACGCUCACAGUGUUUGUCACAUCCAACAUCUAAUGAUUUUAAAUGUAGCCAGUGUGACUAUGGAACCAAUAUUCAAUCCAGUUUUAAAACAGAUAUGAUUGCGCACAACAAUUUCAAGAAAGUGAAAUGUGCGAAGUGUAAUUAUGUAACCAACAAUAAAGUUAAUUUUAAAGCACAUUUAUUAACACACGAGACUUCCAAGGAUUUUAAAUGUGCUCAUUGUGAUUUUUCGACAAAUUUUAAAUUCAGUUUGACUAGACAUCUGUUAACACACAAGAUUUCUAAGGCUUUAAAAUGUGUCCACUGUAAUUUUGCCACUAAUUUUACGUCUGAUUUGAGAAAACAUUUGUUAAGAAGACACAAGACGUCAGAGGUUUUAAAAUGUGUCCACUGCAAUUUUGCGACCAUUUUUAAAUCUGAUUUGAGAAGACAUUUGUUAAGAAGGCACAAGGCUUCCAAGGCUAUAAAAUGUGUCCACUGCAAUUUUACGACCAAUUAUAAGGCUAAUUUGGGAAGACAUUUUUUAAGAAGACACAACACUUUCAAGGCUUUGAAAUGUGUCCACUGCAAUUUCAUGACCAAUUAUAAGCCUGAUUUGAGAAAACAUUUGUUAAGAAGACACAAGGUUACCAAGGUUUUUCAAUGUGCCUGUUGUGAUUUCACAACAAAGUUUAAAUCCAAAUUGAUUAGGCAUUUAUUAACACACAAGAUUUCCAAACAUUUUAAAUGUACCUGUUGUGAUUUUGCAACAAAUUUUAAAUCUAGUUUGACUAGACAUAUGUUAACACACAAGACUUCUAAGGCUUUAAAAUGUGCCCACUGUAAUUUCGCGACCAAUUUCAAAUCUGAUUUAUUGAGACACUUUUUGUUAAUGCACAAAACUUCAAACGAUUUUAGAUGUGCUCAUUGUGAUUUUGCAACCAAUCUUAAAUCCAGUUUGAGUAGACAUCUGUUAACACACAAGUUAAAACACACUGCUUCAAAGAAUUUUAAAUGUGCUUGUUGCGAUUUUGCAACAAAUUUUAAAGCUAGUUUGACUAGACAUCUGUUAACACACAAGACAUCUAAGGCUUUAAAAUGUGUCCACUGUAAUUUCGCGACCAAUUUUACGUCUGAUUUGAGAAAACAUUUGUUAAAAAGGCACAAGACUUCCAAGGCUUUUAAAUGUGUCCACUGCAAUUUCGAGACCAUUUUAAAGUCUGAUUUGAGAAGACAUUUGUUAAGAAGACACAAGAUUUCAAAGGUUUUUGAAUGUGCCGAUUGUGAUUUCACAACAAAUAUUUAAUCCAAUUUGAUUAGUCAUCUGUUAACACACAAAACUUCUAAGGAUUUAAAAUGCGUCUAUUGCGAUUUCGCGACCAAUUUUAAAGCCGAUUUAAUAAAACAUUUUUUAUUAUUACACAAAACUUCCAAGGAUUUUCGAUGUGCUCAUUGUGAUUUUGCAACCAAUGUUAAAUCCAGUUUGACUAGGCACCUGUUAACACACAAUGCUUCCGAGAAUUUAAUUGUGCCUGUUGUGAUUUUGCAACAAAUUUUAAAUCCAGUUUGAUUAGAUAUCUGUUAACACACGAAGACUUCUAAAGCUUUAAAAUGUGUCCACUGUAAUUUACGUCUGACUUGAGAAAACAUUUGUUAAGAAGACACAAGUCUUCCAAAGUUUAAUACACUUCAAAGAUUUUAAAUAUCUCCAUUGUAAUUUUACAACCAAUAAUAAAUCGUUUAAAACACAUUUAAA